UUUACCACCCUCCACCCUUCAUCUUUUCACCUGAGGGGAUUCAACGAAUAGGAGACAGAAGAGUAGUAUCGACACUUACCAUGGUGUCAAUCUGAAACUUCAUCUCAACUCCGCGUCUACAACUCGACCAUUCUACAACGAGUAAAUAGUAACAUCUAGGACCAGCCGCUAGCCGACAGAGAGAGCAAGGUGUUUUAAAGAGACGAUCAUGUUGCUGGAUAAUUGAACCUCCCCCUCACCCCACCCCAUCAUUCCCCCACGACGACAACAUCACGCUCCACAUUGACGACACAUCAUCAAACGCCCCACUCACCCACGAGCUCACACCCUUCACUCUUACCGCAUAUCUAUUCGACUGUCGAUAGCAAACGUCGUCAUUUCGCCACUAUUUCCAUUUUCUCUCAGAGUCAAACAAGUCUUUCAUCGCCAUCCUAAAAGAGUAAAGCCACGCCACGCCUGACGCUGUCACACCACUUGCAAUCGUGACCGAUCGAGUCAAUCUUCCAAAUUCAUUCUCCCACAGUAUAAAAGGUCGUCAAUAUCGCGUCGACUUUUUAUCAUCUUUCUCAUUUCAAAAUGAACCUCUCUAUCCCAGUCAUGCCUUCAUUACCUCAACGACCAACUCUCAGAUCAUGCUUGUCCCCUCCUCGUGCUCCAUCACAGGAAUCAAUGAGCUCGGCUUGUUCUUCUCGCUCAACAUCAUUUUCUUCUGUCAAAUCUGUGAGAUGGCAGGAACAGCCAGAAGGGGAGCCAGUGACUGCAUACCACCCUACAUGGUCCAAGGCGGAAUACGAUCGCACUCCUCUCGAUCCACCUUCUGACGCUGAACGUAAUUGCGUUUUUCCCGAACGCGACGCUCGUUGUAUACGCCUCGACAUCCCUUCUUCUCCCACUUCACCUUCUUCCCCAGUCUUCCCAUCUUUCUCUCACAGUCGUUCCACACCUCAAACCCCUCAUCCGGGGAUGAUCAUGGCUCAAUUACCAAUCACAUUCGAGGAUGACGCUAUCGAGUCAACCCCAGAUACACCCAUAGCACGUCAGAUGAACCCCCAACAAUAUACUUCUUCUGAAUCACCGGACGAAUGUGAUGAUGGAGAUAGUGACUGGGAAGAAUGUAUGGCAAGAAGGAGAAUGAUGUUUGCCAGUAUGUGUGGUGCCAAACUUCCUCAACCGGAAUUCGAUGGUUAUAGAAGUAUGUCUACAGCUUUAUCGGAGAUGUUACAUAGUAUGGACGUUCAAAAGUGGGGUGAGAGGGAUGAUCAUGUUAUUGAAAAUGAUGAUAAUGAUCAUGGAGAGGAACAAGGAGAGAAUAGUAAAGUGGAUGGGUUGAGAAAUCUGGAAGGAUACUAUGGUGAUGUGGAAACUCACACGCCUAGUUUAUCUUCAGCGGAGAGUAGUGAAGAAGAGUGUGUUUUGGAGAGUCCGAAGUUGAACUCAAGAGGUACCGAUCAUCGUGGUGGGUGCGGAAGAGAUGAUGUAGGGAAGUCAGGAUUGAUUGGGGUUUUGUAAGAUGAGUUCUGGUGGUGUCAUGGAGAUAGAUGUCUUGGGUAUGGGAGUCUCUUUGGGAUAGAUGAGAUGGUGGGAAGUCACCUUUAGAUUUAGUUUGGAGAAAGAUAUAUGGUGACUGAUUCAAUCAUGUGUGUAGCUUGAUUUACUUUCCAACAGAAUAGUACGAUUUUAUGAAUGUCACGACUUUUGCUU